GUCAGUGAUGUUGGAGUCAGGGAGAGUCGGCUCUCGAUGUCACGCCGAGGUUCCUGCAGUCAAAGUGGACGUUAACACGGAGUCUCAAAGUUAACCGUCAGGUCCUGUGAAGGAGAAUCUUCUCACAUAAGGAGAAGUAGUUCAGUCUGUCAGGGUUGAUUUUCAGAUGGUGAGCGGAUCCACUGAGAGACGUCAGAGGUUACUAAGGUGAGAACUUGGUUAGGAGACGGGGGGUGAAAGAGGGAAGCGAGGGCGAUAGAGGUGAAGUUGGUGAGAUAAUUCCGUCCCACAAUUCCUUGCGGUGACGAUUUAUUCUCACCAUUUGUAACGUUAUCAUUUAGAGAGUGAUAUUUCAGGUUCAUAACUUUGAUCCAUUUCUGUUCAUAAUAUGAAACUAGGUAUGAAGGUUUAUAGUUGAGGCAUUAAAGUAAACUUUUCACUAACAACUACGGGUGGAUGCAGGCCGACAAGUGUGUAUAUAUAUAUAUAUAUAUAUGUAUAUAUAUAUAUAUAUACACACACACACUUUAGAUGAGAUAAAGUGGUUAAAAGUUACACAACAGUUACUGUGAGGCACUUAUGGGGGAAAAAAAUGAUGAAACCUUUUCCAUGGUCAGUGGACGAGCAUUGAGUCACCUGCAAGAGCAAACGCACCUGAGACUAACACACCUGAGACCAUCGGUGCCCAAUAGGUCGAUCGUGACUGAGGCAGUUCUGGUAGAUCGCCUGCCAUUGUAAAAAUUCAAUCGCUUGCGCGGUCGACCACGGGAGCUGAUAGAAAACUAAUCACCAUGACUUGGUCGGUUUAAAAGUAGCUUGCGAGCCGUAAAAGUGUGAGCACCCCUGCCUUAGAAUAACACACCUGCAGAUAACGUCUGAGAUGAACGCACCUGAUGAAAGGCACGCGGAGACGUUGCACAAUGUCUUUUCCCGGCUCAUGCAGAAGAUAACCCAGGUUACAUAACGCUUGUGAUCCUUCCUGUUGUAACUGCCAGAGGAGGUCCUUAUAUGGUCGUUCAGGUGUGACUGCAGGUUUACAGCCUGACCGACAUAACAGACAGAACUUUACCCCCUCGGUGUAAAGAGCAAGAACGGAGAAAGAAGCAGAAAAAGGAAAAGGGAGGACUGAUGGAUCACAGGAGGGACACCAACAGGGCCGUGCUGGUCUCUGUGGAGCAGUUUGAUCCAGGCGUGGUUCUGAGAAGGAGACCCGGAGCCAGCAAGGACGCCAAGAAACUUCACCGCACCCUCAGCCAGCUGGGCUUCAAGGUGGAGAUCCACAGCGACCUGAGCGCGGAGGAGAUCUACCAGCUGUUCCUCCAAGAGAGUAUGCGGCCUGUGAAGAACUGCUUUCUGGCGGUUUUGUCCUCCCAUGGAGACCAAGGCUGCAUCUUUGGAGCAGACGGGAAAGCUGUCAAACUGUCUCGUAUCUUCUCAUAUUUUGACAAUGAAUGUAUGAAGAAAAAGGCCAAAGUGUUCCUCAUCCAGGCGUGUCGGGGAACUGGUCUGGAUGAUGGUGUCGAGGUGGAUUCAGCUAAUGACACCAGAGAGUGUAGCGUGUCCCAGUACCUCUCUGUUCCCAUGGACACAGCUGUGAUGUACGCAACACCGCCAGGAUACGGAGCCUUUAUGCACCCUCUAGGGUCGGUCUUCCUCCAGACAUUCUGCACUUUACUAAGACAGGGCGACAACCGCAACCUGGAGCUAACCCGCCUGAUGACCCGCCUCUCCCACAUGGUGGCCUACAGCUUCCAGGCCAGAGGUGGUGCACUGGGGGGGAAGAAGGAGAUGCCUUGCUUCCUGACCCGACUGACCAGAGAAGUGUUCCCCUUCGCUGAGUCGGGUGUGGACCCAUCUGCAAUGUCCCCGUGUCAACGUGGACUCCUGAGUUAGACUGCAAGGAGCUGAUGGAACGAUGAGAUAUGCUGCACAUGUUGUGCAGAUGUCAGAUAUUUAUAUAAAUACAUAAUAUUUAUAUGUACCUGUGUUUAUGAAAAGAAUUGUCAUUGUCAUUUAAUAAACACUCAAAAAGACA